AUGAAGCUCCACAUCCUCACCAUCGCAGUGCUCGCGACACUGGCUUCGACACACGUCCUCCCUCCCAACUCCAGUCCCCUCACGAACCUCAACUACUACUCUGCCAACCUCAAAGACACACCCAUAGACCAUGUCGCCGCUACAUUUGAUCCCUCCACCGUCCACACCACCGCCGACCCCCCACCCCCCAACGCCAAAUUCGACAAAGCAGUCUCCACGGGCCAAACCCUCGACUCCGCCAUGAAAUCCAAAGACAACAUCGCGCGAUGGCUCUUCAAAGACUUCCCGCAGUACGCCGAAACAUGCCAGUCCCCGUUCACCGGCGACGGGCGUGCCGACCUCGCGAAAUGGGGUUUCGAUGACAGUGACGCACUCAGCGAGAAGAUAAAGAAUGAGUGCGACUUUGAUGCGUAUCAUAAGAUCAAGGCGGCGUUUGACGAGAUCGGGCUGAAUACCAAGGCGGCGAAGGAUGGGGGGCCGAAUCGGUGUUUUAAGGUUAAUCAUCGGGAUGGGCCGGCGAUUAAGAGGGAUGAGAAGGGGGAGUUGCCGAAUGAGGCGAAGCAGUAUUAUGAUGCCACAGGCGCAUCCUACGAGUUCGCCGCCAACCCCUCCGGCCUCCUCGCCCUCAUGAACAUCAUGUCCAUGACCUACUCCGCAAAAACCUACACCUGGUUCCGCACGCCCCUGCCCUCUGAACUCCCGGACAUAGGCACAACACAGGACAUUGCUUGGGCCAUGUGGAACCGCGUCGGCGCGCCUAGUCUGGCUGGGCUCAAGUACCUGCUUGUGACGCAGGGGAUGAAUGCGGGGAGUAGAGAGAUAUUUCGGCAUGCGUUGGGGUUGCUGGAGCCGCCGGAGAGCUCACCAGUAGGUCGAUGGGCGGGGUAUUUGCUGCUUCAGCAUAAGGAACAGCUUGGCGGAAACAGGUACAUCGAGAAGGUGAGGCUGUUCAAACCACCCGGGGCGAGUCUGCCGUAUCUUCUCUUCUACGUGGCGAAGGAUCCGUGGGUCGGAGAAGUCAAGCCGGUGGCUGCGCACAUGGUGGAUGGGAUGAACGGGACAGAUGUCACACGAGACGCGACUUCGAGGGUGGUGGAUGAGAAGAACCUCAUCAGACAGCAUGUUGUCGUUGUCCGAACCUAG